AUGGAGAAGCAAGUUGAGGUUCGAAUGCACGAGUGUCACUUUGAAGCUCCAGCUCCCCCUCCAGGGCCAGCAUGUGGAGGUCUCUGUAACAAAUUCAUGAAGAACUUGCUUCUAGCACUCACAGUGCUUGGUGUGAUUGUAGGCUCAGUGGCUGGUGCCCUUCUGCGUUAUGCAUCUCCUCUUCACCCAGAUGUUAUCAUGAUCAUCGCUUUCCCUGGUGAUAUUCUCAUGAGAAUGUUGAAGAUGGUGAUUUUGCCCCUGAUCAUCUCCAGUUUAAUCACAGGUCUGGCAGGUUUAGAUGCCAAAUCUAGCAGUCGUCUCGGCACCAGAGCCAUGGUGUAUUACAUGUCCACAACCAUCAUUGCUGCAGUGCUGGGGGUGCUUCUGGUGCUGGCUAUCCACCCGGGCCACCCCAAACUAAGAUCGCAUUUCGGAGAGGGCAAGAAGAACGAUGAUGUGUCCACUUUGGAUGCCUUAUUUGACCUCAUCAGAAAUCUCUUUCCAGAGAAUCUGGUACAAGCUUGCUUUCAGCAGAUUCAGACUGUUACAAAUAAGGUAGAGGUAGCAACACCUCAUCAUCCACCUCAUCAUCCAUCUCAUCAUCCACCUCAUCAUCGGUUUGGACGAAAUACCACCAAAUGGGCAGCAAAAUAUGUUAUGAAGAAAUCUCUUCAAUUCAAGAGUGGCAUGAAUGUUUUAGGGCUCAUUGGUUUCUUUGUGGCUUUUGGAAUCUGCAUGGGAAAGAUGGGGGAGAAAGCCAAGCUGAUGAUGGACUUCUUCAACGUUCUCAAUGAAAUCGUCAUGAAACUUGUUGGCAUGAUUAUGUGGUAUUCCCCUGUGGGCAUUGCAUGCCUGAUCUGUGGCAAGAUUAUUUCCAUUAAUGACCUGGAGGUGGUGGCCAAGCAGUUGGGCAUGUACAUGCUCACAGUCAUUGUGGGCCUCAUCAUCCAUGGUGGCAUAUUCCUCCCACUGAUAUAUUUUGUCAUUGUUCGUAAAAACCCUUUUACAUUUUUUAUGGGAGUAUUUCAAGCUUGGGUGACCGCUUUAGGAACAGCAUCUAGUGCUGGUACACUGCCUGUUACGUUUCGUUGCCUGGAGGAAAACUUGGGCAUUGAUAAAAGGGUUACUCGAUUUGUGCUUCCUGUUGGUGCGACAAUCAACAUGGAUGGCACGGCACUUUAUGAGGCAGUAGCAGCCAUUUUCAUCGCACAGAUGAAUGGAAUAAAACUUGGCCCUGGUCAGAUUGUUACAGUCAGCCUGACAGCUACUCUUGCUAGUGUAGGAGCUGCCAGUAUUCCCAGCGCUGGCCUCGUCACCAUGCUGCUCAUUCUCACCGCUGUGGGACUGCCCACCCAAGACAUCAGCUUACUGAUCGCUGUCGACUGGCUUCUGGAUCGCUUCCGAACAUCGGUCAACGUUAUUGGAGACUCUUAUGGAGCAGGCAUCGUGUACCACCUCACCAAAGAUGAGCUCAACAUGCUCGAUGCCCAGCAGAUGAGAACAGAUGACUUCGAGAUGACCAAAUCACAAUCCUUAUAUGAGAAUAACACAAACCAUGGUGUAUAUGCAUCGUACAACUCCUCUCCACAAGUGCUAAUAGAUGACUGCAAGAUCAACUUGACCCCAAAUGGCUCUUCUGCUGUCUUUUCCAUUAUUGAGGAGGAACCUUGGACUCAAGAGUAA